CACGCCGCGUGCUCUUCAGCCCAUCAAUGGACAAACCCACAAUAUUGAUCGUGCCAGGCGGCUUCACGUUGCCCGAACUGUACGACAACGUCGUCGCCCAUGUCACCCGCGAGGGUUUCUCGAUCGAGGCGCUCCGCCUGCCCAGCGUCGGCUACAAGACUGACACUCCGGGCACCAUGCAAGACGACGCCGCCUUCAUCGCCUCGGAGGUCUCAAGGCACGCAGAGGCUGGCAGGAAGAUCGUGCUCGUCGCCCACUCGUACGGCGGCAUACCCGCGACGGAGAGCACCAGGGGACUCAGCACGGCCGACAGGCAGCGGCAGGGCAAGCCGGGUGGUCUGGUGAGGCUGGCCUACAUUUCGUGCAUCAUUCUGCCCGUCGGGGAGUCCGACGCCAGCGUCAUCAUGCCCGAUAACAUGAUGCCUCGGGCAUCGCCAUUCGAGAUUCGGCUCGAUGAGGAUGGGUGGUUGCAUCAGGUGGACGCCUCGGCAGCGGCUGCCAACAUCUUCAACGAUCUGCCCACCAAGCAAGAGGCCGAAAGGUGGGCCAACAUGAGCACCCGUCAUUCGGGCUCGACGUUUCCUGCCACUCUGAGCCACGCCGGGUUCAAAGACGUGCCCGUGUCAUAUCUGCUGUGCACCAAAGACCUCGCGCAGGAGCCCGACCUCCAGAGGGCAAGCGUUGCCAUGAUGGAAAAGCAAAUGGGCGGUGGCAGGAUCGCCGUGAGGGAAAUCGAGUCUGGGCAUGCGCCGAAUGCAACUCGACCCAGGGAGGUGGCCGAUUGGAUUGUUGCCAUGGCAAGGCUGUCGCUGGCAGCGUAAUAAAUGCAGAUUGGGUCAAACUUUGUUGCUGGCGUUGCGUCUGGUGAUGCCGCGUCGCUAUGCGCAUCCCUUUGUUAUCAUUUCCAUCAGGGAAGCAGGC